AUGACUCGGCUACUCAGCAGAACAUCCACCCAUUCAGUGACAGUCCGCAGGCCCUUCCCUCUGUCCCAUGGAACAACAACCUUGGGUUUCGUCUUUCAAGGUGGUGUCAUCGCAGCUGCAGACACACGUGCCAGUGCCGGGGGGCUUGUUGCUUGUCCAGAUGUUCAUAAGAUUACCCCCAUUCACUCCCAUUUAGUGGUCACCUCUUCUGGCAGCGGUGCAGACUGCAUGCUGUGGGAGCGAAUUCUGGCCAGGGAGAUCAGACUCUACCAACUGCGGCACAGACGUCGCCUUUCAAUACGUGGCACCGCCAAGCUCCUCUCCUUUAUGCUGCAUCCCUUUAAAGGGACUGAUGUGUGUGUGGCUCUUACACUGUGUGGCUGGGAUAAGAGUGGCCCUGUGCUGAUUUAUGUGUGCAGCGAUGGAGCCAAACUGCAAGGGGACGUCUUCUCUGUGGGCUCAGGCUCUCCUUAUGCCUAUGGAGUCCUGGAUAGAGGGCUGAGGUGGAGCCUGAGUAAAGAAGAGGCCAUCUCCUUGGCAAGAGAGGCCGUGUUCAGAGCCACUCACAGGGACGCCUACUCAGGAAACAAUGUGGACCUCUUCCACAUCACAGCCCAGGGAUGGAGCCAAAGAGAGAGAGAGAACUUGAAAGAGGAAUAUUAUAGAGACAUGGAGAGGAAGGCGAAGACAGUGGAGGAAAGAAAAAGACUGAACAAAUACAUGAAUAGGGUUCAGGAGGACUAA